AUGGCCAAUUUCCUCCUCCAGAUGUACGGCACCCGCGGCGGCGUGGAAGAUGCCAAGAGAGUCUUCGACGGGACGGCCAAGAAGAACGUCUUCUCCUGGGCACUGAUGCUCUCGGCAUAUGCCCAGAACGGGCAUCUGGAGGAGGCCCGGGGUAUAUACUUGGCCAUGCCCGAGCACAACCUGGUGACGUGGACGGUCAUGAUCAACGCACUUGCCCAGCACGGGCAUGUGGACGAGGCCAAGCGCGUGUUCGAUUCCAUGUGGGAGAGGGAUAGAGUCUCAUGGACGGCGAUGCUUACAGCGUUUGUGGACAAUGGACGGCUGGGAGACGCCAGGAAUCUCUUCACUAAGAUGCCCGAACUGAGCAUCUUUUCCGAGACCGCGAUGCUCACGGCCCUGGCCCGGGAGGGUCUCAUUGACGAGGCCAAGAAUCUCUUCGAUUCCAUGCUCGAGAGGGACAUGAUCUCCUGGACGGCGAUGCUUGUCGCCUAUGCCGACAACAAGAUGAUUGAGGAGGCCGAACUUGUUUUCCGGACGAUGCCCGAGAGGGAUCUUGUCUCGUGGAAUGCGAUGCUUGCCGGGUAUGCGCAGAACGGGCAAUUCGACGAGGCCAAGCGGCUCUUUGCCCGGAUGCGCGAGAAAAACAUGAUCUCGCUCACAGCGAUGGCGUCGGCAUAUGCUCAAAACGGGGAUUUGGAGAGCACCAAGAAGAUCUUUGAUCGAAUGCCAGAGAGGAGCUUGGUUUCGUGGAACACAAUGCUGAGUGCCUAUGCCCAGACUGGGCACAUAGAAGAGGCUAAAGCCCUCUUUUACGCGAUGCGAGAGAGCAACCUGGUAUCGUGGAACACGAUGCUUUCGGCAUAUACCACUUUCGGGAAUAUCCCUGAGGCAAGGAGCUUGUUUGCUCGGAUGAAAGAGUGGGACUUUAUUUCGUGGACUGUGAUGCUAGUGGCAUAUUCCCAGCAAGGGCUGGUUGAGGAAUCUAAACAGGUUUUCGAUGAGAUGCAAGAGAGGGAUCUUGCGUCGUGGAACGCAAUGCUCUCGGCAUAUGCCAUAAACGGGCAUAUUGAGACAGCGAGGAAUCUCUUUGGUGCGAUGGAGGAACGUGACCAAAUCUCGUGGAACAUAAUGCUUUGCGCGCACUCGCGCAGUGGGAACCUGGAAAACGCGAAGAAUCUCUUCGAUCUUAUGCGCGAGCACGACCUUGUGUCGUGGAACGCGAUGCUUUCUGCAUAUUCCCAGAAUGGGCAUCUGGAAUACGCCAAGAGCAUAUUCGACCGGAUGCAGGAGCGCGACAGGGUGUCAUGGAACGCGAUGCUCGCGGCAUAUGCCCAGAACGGGCAUCUAGAAGAUUCUAAGAAGUUUUUCGAUGCCAUGGAGGAGAGAGACGCAGUGGCGUGGGGCGCAAUGCUCGCGUCAUAUGCUCUAAACGAGAAUCUCGACAAGGCGAAGAGUUUCUUCGAUAGCAUGGAGGAACGAAGCAAUGUGUCGUGGACGGUGAUCCUUUCGGCAUAUGCCCAGAAAGGGCGCGUGGAAGAUGCGGCGAAUCUCUUCAAAUCCAUGGACGAGCGCGACCGCGUGUCUUGGACGGCGAUGCUUGCGGCAUUCGCCCAAAAGGCUAGCUUCGAGAUCGCAAUGGAGUUCUUUGGCGCGAUGAAUUUGGCGGCGGAAUCACCUGACGAGGCGACGAUCGUGUGCGCGAUCGCGGCUUGCAGCCACAGUGGCAAGUUCAAGGAUGGGCUCGCGUGCUUCCGAUCGAUGCAAAUGGAUCACGCGGUGAAACCCACCAAGCAAUUGUAUAGCUGCGCGGUGGAUCUUCUCGCGCGAUCGGGCCAUCUAGAGGAAUCGGAGGAGCUCAUCCAUACCAUGCCAUUCGUGCCGGAUUCGCUGGAUUGGACGGCGCUGCUAGCCGGGUGUAAGAGCCACAAGGAUUCCAAGAGAGGAGCUCGAGCGUCGCAGAGAAUGGUGGAUAUGGACGCCAAGAAUGUGGCGGGCUACGUGCUUCUCUCCAACAUGUACAGAGAUCCGACGGCCAGAAAGCUUUCCCUCCCGACGGAUGGAAUCGUGCCAAGUAGAGCCCUAAAACCCCUGGGCUAG